AGUCGCUGAUCCAUUCAUAUAGUACGGUCUGAACGAAGCUUCCCCACCAAAGAAGAUCGAGUUUUUCAUUGUGAAUUCUAAGUUGGCUAUCUUCUGACCACGUCGCCGAAGCGGCCGAGUCCACGCCCACCGCUGGCGUCGUCCUAUAAAAUCAGCCAUUGGAAUACGUCCAUUGAAUACAGAACACAGCCGUUACCCCUAUCUUCUGCUAGAUCUCUUCCCUCAUCGAGAUCCAUGACGACCUCGCCGUGCUAUUUCCUCCUCUUGAUCCCCAUCCUUCCUCUUUGCCUGCUUUUCCUCCUCUUCCUCAUCGUCCGCCCCCGCCCCUCCCGGAUCCCGAUAAAGGGUCGCCACGUUUUCAUCACCGGAGGCUCCAGUGGCAUCGGGCUCGCUCUCGCACGCCAGGUUGCCGCCGAAGGCGCCCGAGUUUCCAUCCUCGCCCGAAGCCGCAAGCGCCUCGAGGAGGCCCGGGAAGCUAUUCGCCUCGCCACCGGCGUGGAGGUCGCUAUCUUCAGCGCCGAUGUACGCGACGCUGAGGAGGUGGCCCGCGCGAUCGAGGAAGCCGGCCCUAUUGACGUGCUUGUUUGCAACCAGGGCGUGUUCGUGCCGCAGGAGCUGGAGAAGCAGGAGCUCGAGGAGGUCAAGUUCAUGGUUGAUGUUAAUUUGAUGGGCACGUUCCAUCUCAUCAAGGCUGCGCUUCCGGCGAUGAAGCGGAGGACCAGGGAGACUGGCCUCCCGGCCUCUAUUACUUUGAUGUCCUCACAAGCUGGCCAGGUGGGCGUCUAUGGCUACACAGCAUAUUCAGCAAGCAAAUUUGCCCUUCGAGGCUUGAGUGAGGCGUUGCAGCAUGAGGUCAUUGCAGACAACAUUUAUGUGUCUCUGAUAUUUCCUCCGGACACAGAAACCCCUGGUUUUGCUGAAGAGCAAGAGAGAAGGCCUGAGCUCACCAAAAUAAUUGCCGGAUCUUCUGGUGGAAUGAAGGCAGAUGAUGUGGCAAAAGUAUCUCUGAACGGCAUUAAAUAUGGAAGAUUCAUAAUUCCGUGCAACUUUGAAGGAACCAUGAUUGCUAUAGCAACUUCUGGUUUGUCACCUCAGAGUUCGUUUAUGACAGCAUUUAUUGAGGUGGUUGGGGCAAGCUUUAUGAGACUCGUUGCUCUUUUCUUCCAGUGGAAUUGGUUUACUUCUAUAGAGAAGUGGCAGGCCAAAAGCUCUGGCAAACUGAAAUAAAACUCUCACAAGCCAGAUUUUAGAAGGAUGAUACAGUUCUGUUUUUUUUUUAAGCACUUUCAAUACUUUUGCCCUGAGCUGCUUUUGGAUGCAAGAUAAUGUUAUUAAAAGCUAUCCUUUUUUACCAUACCAUUUUCCCGUUGGUUCAUAUGGGACUCUUUAUAAAUUUAGAUGUAUUUGAUAAUUUGCUUGGAGUUUACCUUAACUUAUACCAGAUAUUAAAGUUGAUUU